AUGGUGACCAACCUAACUCGAGAAUUCCGUGUGGGAGUCAUUGGCGCUCCUGCGGUGUUGGAAUCCGAUCUCUUCACAUCUGUCAAAGCUCCUGUGAACGCUUCGAACACUACUUCUAACUCUGAUGGCUCGUCACCAUCCGUAGAAAUUGAUUUGCAUGGGCAAAAUUGUAUUCUGAAGCUUGUUUUCGUGGACGAACGAGAAAUCCAAAAUGUUGGCGAAUCGUCCUUUUGGCCUGAGGCGAUAAGCAACUGUAAUGGAAUCUUGCUGUGCUAUCCUGUUUCUGAUCGAGCUUCCUUCUUGAACGUUAUUGACCUUCUUGCUACUGGAAAGGAAGCGCCGACGGCAUUAGUAGGCUGGAACCCGCCAGGAACGGAACGACAAGUAGAUUUCGAUCUUGGUGUAAAACUAAGUGGAGUGUUCAAUGUCGACUUUGCGGAGUUGCCCAAUCCCGAGACGGAAGUACCGAACAAUAUUGUUGGCAUAUUGACCAACAUGGCCGAUCGAAUGCUGAAGUCUGCAGAUGGAACAGAUUCGAACCCUUUUAAAUUUGACGAGAUCAAGUAUGAUUCCUUGCGGUCUCAGCUGCGGGAGCUUCGAACGACGUCUACCGUAAUUCGCCGAAACUCGCAAGUGUCCUCCGCGCUGUCGAGUAGCGGAGACAGUGCGUCCAGCACCUCAUUGAACGAGGGAUUUGUUUACCCGAUGCCCAUGAUUCGAUCCUCAAAGGACGCUGAAGAUGACCAACCUGAACCAAUCCGUAAGAAAGGGCCUUUGGUCCACCCAGAGGAUAAAGCCGUAGGUACAGACGAAGCGUCUGAUCAGGGUAAAGGAGCCGUUCGGCCUCUCGCUCAUAAACAACCGAGUGAGGCUGUCUCCACCGGGGAGGACACAAGUUCUAUCGACCGCCGCACAUCGCUCUCGCCGUCGCUUUCCUCCACGUUCAGUCAGAAUACGAUAUCAUCUGCUGCCUCCGGCAUGCAAGGUGUGAUAGGCUCGCUAUCGGGCGAGCAGUACCGGCGUCUGUCCCGUAGACUUGAUAUACUAGAUGUUACCCGCGAUGGUUUCUCUAUUGAUGAUGCACCAUAUCAGGAGUAUGGGUCUAAUGGGUCGAAGGAUUGGAAACAUCUAUCUGUUCCAGUAUCAGAGGCGAGUAGCACAACAUCGACCAGCUCCGUACGCCAGGGAUUCACCUUAGAGGAAUUAAUUGAGAGAUUGACAGCGCCCAAUGUUCAUGAUAUGGAGUUUGUGAAGGUGUUCCUGAUGCUCUAUCGGAAGUUUUUACGACCAAGUGAAUUGCUGGACCGUCUCAUGGACAGAUUUGACACAUUUGACGAUAAGGAUGAGAAUGCACAUCAAAGAGGCAGCCCCAUCAAUGCUGUGCAACUACGUGUUUGCAAUGUCUUGAUACAUUGGUGUACGGAGUACUGGUGCGACUUUCACUCGGAUAGAAUGAGGUUCACAAUGCACGUCUUUCUGGAGAUAAUUUCCAGCCGACCGGCAUACGCAGCCAUCUGUCAAAGACUGAGUGGGCUGGUUUUCAGAGAGCCGCCUUCCGAUAAAGAAAAGGAUGCGUUUGAUUGGGGCGUUCCGGACAUUGAUGAUGAAGAAGAAUAUGUUCAAACUGAACAGAACACCUCUUCGGCGGGCGACCCUGAAGACGGACCAGAUACCCAGCCACGGACAUUCUCCUUUGGUUCCAUGGGUGCCGCACCAGCUAGCGUGGAGGUGUCACUUCGACGGUCAAUCUUUAGCACUGGCAGCGGCAGCAGCGAAGUAGCAGACAGAGCAUUACGUCGUCGUUCUGGUGCAUCUACUUCCACAUCUAGAUCCUCUGUCUCCGAGGGAACGGAGGUUGGUGUGGGGCGGAAACCUCCAAGCAUGGGAUCGUCGGAUGGCAUAUUGCAGUCUGUACCGCACCAUCCUUUUCCAAGCCUUUCCUUCUUGGAGAUUGACAACGAGGCCAUAGCGCAGCAAUUGAAUGUGUUGGAGAGCGAAAUUUUCAGGAGGAUCAAGGCUCGAGAUCUUCUCCAGCACAUUUGGAGUCGGCAAUCCAAAGGGCGACAUGCUCCGUCAGUAGCAGCCAGUAUCGGUCAUUUCAACUUCAUAUCCGCGUGGGUUACUACUCGCAUUCUGGUUCAAAAGAAAUUAAAGACACGAGCAAAAGUCUUGGGCAAAUUUAUGAAGAUUGCACAGAUUUUGCGCAACAGCAAUAAUUAUAAUACCCUCAUGGCUGUUCUGGCUGGAGUCAAUAGUGCUGCCGUACUGCGACUUCGACAGACACGAAAAUUGCUGCAGAACCGACAAUCUUACCGCAAUUACCAAGCGCUGGAGAAGCUCAUGAGCUCUGAACGAUCAUUUGCAAUUUAUCGGCAAACACUUCGCCGGAGUGAUCUCCCCUGUAUCCCUUACCUGUGGGUAUAA